GCAACAGAUUCUUUGCCUGCAGCUGCAGACACCUGUUGGGUCUUCCGGAAGGCGAACUGCUCGAGGCAGACAUCCGCAAGGGCUACAGGGCAGCUGCCCGACGUUUGCAUCCCGACCGGGGAGGCAAGCGCGAGGAGUUUCAGGAGCUGCAGCGGUGCUACGAGUCCGUUCUCGCAGAAGUCAGCGCGGCAAAGGAUGGAAAGGCAAGGCAUGCGUGGCUUGAGCAGAUGAAAAAGGACUUCGCAAACUUCAGCUGCUGCUGA